CACUCCAAGUAGCCUGGCCACACGUUUCUUAAUCCAGUUUGUAGUUCUCCAGGGUCACAGCCACUGCUGCAUCAUGUGGGCCCUGGGCUUUCUGCUCCAGUUCCUCGCCAUGCAACCAGUGGCACAGGUGGACUCCAAGGGUACCUGGUGCUACGACUCCCAAGACCCAGAGUGUGGCCCUACCCACUGGAAGGAGCUAGCACCUGCUUGUGGGGGCCCAGCCCAGUCCCCUAUCAACAUCGACCUUCGUUUGGUCCAGCGGGACUAUACUCUUGAGCCCUUCAUCUUUCAAGGCUAUGAUACAGCACCUCUAGACCCUUGGACCCUGGAGAACAAUGGCCAUACAGUGCUAUUGCAAGUAAGUUCCAGUCAGCAGAGCUGUCCAGUGAUCCAAGGGGCUGGGCUGCCAUCACCAGGGUACCAGCUACUGCAGCUGCACUUCCACUGGGGCAGCCCAGGGCACAAAGGCUCGGAGCACAGCCUGGACGAGAGGCACGGCUCUAUGGAGAUGCACAUGGUCCACAUGAACACAAAGUACCAGGACCUGAGGGAGGCACAAAGCCAUCCGGAUGGGCUUGCUGUGCUGGCUGUGCUGUUGGUGGAGGAGGACAGGGACAAUACCAAUUUUUCUGCCAUUGUGUCUGGCCUAAAAAACUUAUCUUCACCUGGGGUCUCUGUGAACCUGACGUCCACCUUUCCACUGUCCUCACUGCUGCCAAGUGCUGUGGGGCUCCUACGCUACUACCGAUACUCUGGGUCUCUAACCACGCCAGGCUGCGAGCCGACUGUGCUCUGGACAGUCUUUGAAAACACCGUACCCAUAGGGCGCGCGCAGGUAGCACAGUUCCAGACCAUACCCCAGACUGGGCCACCGGGCUUGCACCCCAGACCGCUCGUGGAUAAUCUCCGCCCCCAGCAACCUCUUGGAGGGCGCAGGGUAUCAGCCUCUCCUGGUGCAUCCCUCCGGUCAUCGGUUUCUACCCUGCCCUGUUUGCACCUGGCUCUUUUGGGCUUGGGAGUCGGCCUGAGGCUCUGGCAGGGCCCCUAGACCCACGGGUGACUCCUGCUUCCACAAUAAAUGAUGCAGACUGA